AUGCCGACAGCUGCAAGCAUUGUUUCAGCGAUGGCCACCAUUGCAACUAUCGGCAUGGUUGGCUCCCCAGUUGUCACGGUGAGAAAAAUGGAACACCAGCGCUCUGUGGGAAUUAUGACGCCAACCUUCUUCUGUGCACAGUUGGUGAACUGCGUAAUGUGGUCCAUUUAUGGCGUCUUGCGCUCUUCUUUGGCCAUUGUUGUUUGCGGUGUUGUUGGGAACGCCGUCGCAACGUACUGCCUACUUGUUUUCCUCGCCGUUGCUCGUCUAGAGGAGAAGUCAGGGCACCGCCUCGCAAGUACGACGUACAAAAAGUCCUUGUUGAGUGUCACGUUCGCCCUGUGUGCUAUUGCCGGUGUUUCCGCCCUAAUUGUGGUCCUCGCGGCCAUUAGCCCUCACAGUGCUGCGGUCGUAAAUGGCCUGCUGGGAGCAUGCACCAGCGUUUAUAUGCUCGGCUCCCCCCUCGCCCUUGCAGGUGCUAUCGUCAAGAACAAGAACGCGGAAGGAUUGGCCCCCAUAACCAUGGGGUUUGGGUUGGCCAACGCUUCGCUUUGGGUGCUGUCAGGGGCGUUGGUGGGUGACUUCUUUAUUGUAGUACCAAAUGUUUUGGGAGCACUCGCGUGCUGUCUUCAGUUCGCACUUUUAUUCAGGUACGGGAGGCGCGCUAGCGAAGCAGUCGCCGUGAAAACGGCCAUCGCACCGCUGCCUUUUACAGAGUGCUGA